GCACCGCUCCGCUCACAGCCGGGGAGAGCGUGGUGUCCGCCGGCGCGCUGGCAUGGUGGGGCGCGUCACGGCGCCGCGAGAGGUCGCUCGGGGGUCGGCGCGAGUGGCGAUGGUGGGCUGUGGGGCUCGUGGCUUGGGACACGGACGAGGCAGGGGCUGAGUUAACGGCUUGAAGCUCGGUGUAGACGGGACUCGAUAGGUCAGUUGGGCGGGAGCGCAGCGGUGAACGCGCGAGGUCGGACUGAAGCGCUGCUGCCACCAUGAGUGGUCGGGAGAAGAAACUGCCCCGAGAGGCGCGGCAGAGGACAGGGAGCAUUCACGAGAUCAGGCACCUGACUCUUGAAGAGGUUGACCUGGAGGCCGAAUAUGAGGUGUUGCAGACUAUAUGCGAGGUGUGGACUGGCAAGAUUAUGCUAGUGGAGCACCGCGCUACCCGGCAUGAGGUCAUUCUCAAGGCGCUCCACAAGGACGCCACCAGCAAAUCCGACUUUCUGCGCGAGUUCCAUUACAGCGUCUUCCUGAGUCCGCACCGAAGCAUACUGACCGCAUACGACGUGGCAUUCCGCGCCGACGACUUCUACGUCUACGCCGCCGAGUACGCGCCCUUCGGCGACCUCGCCUGCUACGUCUCCAACGGCGGCAUCGGCGAGCGCAACACCAAGCUGUUGGCGCCGCAGCUGGCCUCGGCGCUCGACUUCAUGCACAGCAAGGGCCUCGUGCACCGCAACGUGCGCCUCGACAACAUCCUCGUCUUCAAGAGCGACCUGAGCCGCGUCAAGCUGGCCGACUUCGACCAGACGCGGCCGGUCGGCUGGCGCGCGCGGCGCGCCGAGGAGUGGCCGCCGUACACGCCGCCCGAGGUGCAGACCGAGCCCAAGGGGCGGUCGUACACGGUCGCAACCGCGCACGACACCUGGCAGCUGGCGGUUGUGCUGUUCGUGUGCCUGACCGGGGCCUUGCCGUGGCAGCGCGCCGACGCCUCGGACGCGCGCUACGCCGCCUUUGCACAGUGGCGCGGCUACCGCGCCCUGCGCGCGCCGCAGCGCUUCGGAGAGUUCUCACUGCGGCUGCAGGGCCUCUUCCGGCGGCUGUUCGACCCGCGGCCGCGGCGUCGCGCCGCCGUCACCGAGGUCACGCGGCACCUGGCGCACCGGUGGAUGGCGCGCGGCGCGUCGGCCGCCGGCGCCGCCGAGCUCGACCCCGCCGACGCCACGUCCGUGUGCUAUUCCACCUGGUCGGUGCACUCGUGCCCGCGUGAGAAGAACGCAGUGCUCGGGCAGCUGCGCGCGCUCGGACUCGAGACGGUCGUCGACCGCGACGCCAAGCGCCUCGCCGGCUCGCUGGCGGAGGACGACAGCCAGUGA